AUGCCACUCUGGGUGUUCUUUGUGAUCCUCACCCUCACCAGCGGCUCCCACUGUUCACCGUUCCCAUCAUUGCCCUUCAGGGUGCGUCGAUAUGCAGAUGCCAUCUUUACCAACAGCUACAGGAAAGUUCUGGGCCAGCUGUCUGCCCGCAAACUGCUCCAGGACAUCAUGAGCAGGCAGCAGGGGGAGAGGAACCAGGAACCAGGAGCCAGGGUACGGCUUGGCCGUCAGGUGGACAGCAUGUGGGCAGACCACAGGCAGAUGUCACUGGAGAGCCUCUUGGAAGCCCUGCUGCAGAAGCACAGCAGGGAUUCCCAAGGAUGA